UACACACACUCACACACACACACACACACACUCACUCACUCACUCUUACAUACAGAGCUUGGACCUGUUUAAUGUUAGUACGUUGCUGUUUGUAUCUUCUAUAAACAUCAACGCGAACCGAAAAAAGGCUGCUAUGUGGCUUGCUUGCAGUUCACCUGAUUCUCAGCAUUACAUUUUUCCCUGAUCUGAAAUCCUUUCAAGCGAAGCGGGUGAAUGCAGAAUGCUGGACGGAGUGCCAGUGACGGAGAGCUGGUUUGUGCAGCGUGGUAAUAGCACGCUGCCCCCAGCCAUAGAGAACACCUCAGUUCUGCCCACAUGGCCAUCUCAAUCCAAUAUCAGCCAACCACACAACUGCCUGCGGGUGCUUUAUGAGGACAUUGGCACCUCCAGGGUACGCUUUUGGGACCUCCUGCUGCUGGUGCCAAAUGUAGCCUUCCUCAUAUUCCUGAUAUGGAAGCUUCCAUCAGCCCGCGCAAAGAUCCGCCUCACCUCCAGCCCCAUCUUUAUCACAUUUUACAUCCUGGUGUUUGUAGUGGCAGUUGUCGGAAUCACUCGAGCGAUCGUCUCCAUGACCGUGAGCGCAUCGAGUGCAGCUAUCAUCGUCGAUAAGGUGCUGUGGGAGAGCACACGCUUCUUCCUGUUGACCAUCGAGCUCAGCGUUGUCAUAUUAGGACUGGCUUUUGGUCAUUUGGAGAGCAAGUCGAGCAUCAAACGGGUGUUGGCCAUAACGGCAGUGUUAGCACUGGCUUACUCAAUUACUCAGGGUACACUGGAGAUUCUGUACCCGGAUCAGCAUCUCUCUGCUGAUGAUUUCAAUAUCUAUGGUCAUGGAGGACGACAUUUCUGGUUGGCCAGCUCCUGUUUCUUCUUCCUGGUUUAUUCACUGAUUGUUGUUCUGCCCAAAACCUCGAUCAGAGAAAGAAUAUCAUUACCAUCUAAGAGAAGUUUUUACGUGUAUGCUGCCAUUCUGUCAGUGCUGAAUAUGGUGCAGGGUCUGGGUAGUGCUCUCCUCUGUGCUGAUAUUAUAGAAGGCCUUUGCUGUGUUGAUGUCACCACAUUCCUCUAUUUCUCCGUGUUUGCUCCUCUCAUCUACGUAACAUUCCUCAAAGGAUUCUUUGGCUCGGAGCCAAAGAUCUUGUUCUCCUACAAGUCUCAGAUAGAUGAGCCGGACGAGCCUGAUGUGCACCUGCCUCACACAUCCUCCGCUGGUCUGGGCAGCAGGAAGGACCUGGAACACAGUUCCUACUCAAGCACACAGAUAGACACUUCAGGUGCUUAUCUGGAUGAUGUGGUGUCUGGCCCCUAUGGAACCGGACACAGUAUCAACAGCAUUGACAGUGAACGAUGGAGGGUCAUCAAUGCCUAGAGGAGGGAACAGGAGUGACUGGAAAACUAAAAAACUCUGGCCUGUUUUAUUAUUUGACCAAUUAAUGACUGACCCUCACCUGACGAACUGCAUUCCCUUUAACGCAAUGAAUAGGCUUUGGAUUUGAGCUCAGCCUGCAUGACAAAUCAGUAUACGUUUGUCUGUGCUCAGUUGAGUUUUUUUUUUUUUUUAAGUGCUUUUUAAAUACUUCUGUACACUUUCAGUUGUAGCACCAGUGUGUUAUGCAGGCAUGUGGCUUUUGCAGUACCUAGAGUAUUACUGAAAGAAUAGUCCCACGCACAAAAGGCUUGGCUGUUAUUAAGCUCUGACACAAUUCACUGAAUGACGAGCUGCAGAACGGGUAUUGUGAAAUACUGAUUUUUUUUAAAGAAUCGAAAUAGAUAAGUUCAGAUAUAUUGUGCUGACCUGUGCUUGGAUCCAAUGCUUCUGUCAUUUGUAUUUUUACUUAUUUUAGUGAUUAUGCUAGUUAUAUAUAUAUUUUUUUACCCUGUUCCAUUAUCAAUCUAUCUGAAGAAAACUAAUCAAGCAGCAUACAAGCAGCAUUUUUUUGCUCCAUCACACUAUUUCUAUACACAUUGCUGAGCUUUAUUGACCAAAACUAGUAUAUUUAAUUAUUUGGAACCUUUUGUGUUUAACAGUGAAAUCACUGGAACAUGACAGAGGCUUCUAACAUACACAACAUGCAUAUGUUAUAUCUAAAUGUGGAUGGAUUAUUUAAAGGUGAUGGCAGUCCCAGAUCUCUAAUGCAACCGAAUGAAAGCUGGCCAGAGUUUGUAGAUUUUUCCGUUUGCGUUUUGUUUUUUGUUUUUUUUGGAGCUGUGAAUUUCUUUCGUUGGAGCACUGCACACUACUGCAUUAAUAAAAGCAGGUGAUAAGACUUUAGUAUAACAGUACACUUAAAGCACUCGUGUUAACACGAAACGAUUUUAAAACAAAAAUACCAGUUUUAAAACCAGUUUAUCUAUAGAUCUCUCUAGAAGGCCAGCACACAGUAAUACUACAUAGCAUAUAACAUUUAGUGAACUGUAAUAUUUCCACAAAAUUGCUGUGAUCCAGUAUUCAUACAAAGGUUAUUUUUCCAUUUUCUGUACAAAGUUGCAAAAGCUGUUGUAUAUUUUCCUGCCUGUAGCCUGUUUACUGUGGCAGUGCACGUUGCACCUCAUGGCAUCCUACAUCCGAACGCUGGUUUUGUAAGAUAGUGACUGCGGUUAGUCAUUAAACCUUGUUCCUGUGUCCUAACCCUUCUACAAUCUGAACAUUCAUUUCCAGGUCUGUUUUGAACAAAACCUGAUGGAAACAUUUAAAGAAAGGUGCAGUGCACAAUCUUCUGUGUGCUUCGGUGCAUUUCACCUUUGGUUACAACCUGUACAAAAAUGCAGCAGAAACUUGUUUUUUCAGAAGCAACUGUUCGUUUCUCGUCAUGCUUGAUUUGGUUUUACUGUAGAUAGGGUUUUAUAUUGAAUCUAUAAAUCUUAUGCAGUGUCCAGUUGUUGCAGGGAAGGUGAUAUUAAAUGGGAGGCUAAUAUCUAAUGUUUGUCUAUAGCUUGAAAAUGAAACUGUUAAGGGCUGAGCACUACAUUAUAGUUCGAGGUCUCAUAAAAGUCAUAAGGAUGACCCUCUGAAUACCAAACGUUGUUUUUGCCCUGGUUCGAUCAUUUACUUUUUGAGUGUUGUCCUUUCCAGAUGCACGCCCCAUUCUUGUGUAUAUUCUUGUCAUUAUUCAAUCAACCAAUCAUGUAGCAGCAGGUUUAAGUCUCUUAAAGGCAUCAGAUCUUAUUGUAUUUUCAUGAAGAACCAUCUGUUGAUUUGAUGAAAUAAUUCUGUGAAAACAACAGCAACAAUGAAACCCCCAGUGAGUGACAGUUCUUCAGGCAAAAAUGUUUUGAUGAGGUCAGAGUUGUAUGGCCGGGCUGGUUCAGGCUUACAGAAACACUAUGGUAACACAAAUAGCAUCUCUUUACAACUCUGGUGAACUGAAAAUGAUGUCAAUGUUUUAACACCCUAUGUGCAGCUGGCCAAUUGAAAGAAAAUAAAUAAGUAAAAAUAAA